UUUACAGUGUAACGCAAACCUCAAACGUCACUGUUUGGAUUUCUGAAGCGAACGAAGUUUUAUUUGUGAAAAUCUCCUUAAUUAACAAAAAAUUUCGAAGCAACGUGUUAUAAAUUUACUUAUUUAGUGAAUAGUUGAAACAUUAACAUUUAUUUUUAAUCCAUUUCGUCGAGUAUCAUCAUAAACUAAAAAAGAUGUUUAAGUCGCGGAGUUAAUAACACGGAGAAAAACAGAGGGAAAUUAGCCAAACAAUUGAAUUAUAUUCAAGAUUACAUUAUUGGAACCCAAUUAUUUUGUAUGUUGGCUUUAGAAACAGAAAGCUCAAACAAGUUAAAUCUGUUGUGUUUUUUUGCCUUUAAACACGAAAAUCACGCCUCUAAACAAACAUGGAGAAACGAGACUACGGUAACUAUUUGCGGUGUGUAGUUCCGUCUUGUCUACAGAAGCGAGAGCCCGGAAUUUCUUUUCACCAGUUCCCUGAUCGGAAAAAGGAUCCCGCGCGAUUUCAGUAUUGGCUCGACGCCCUUAGAUUAGAGAAAACACCGUCGACUACUGCUAAAAUUUGCAGUAAGCAUUUCAACAUUGAAGAUUUUCAUCCAAUCAAACUGUCAGAUCAGCGAAAGUUUAUUCUAAUCGAUGGUGCUGUUCCCAUACAAAUCGAAGGCGCGGAAUUGCUAGCUCAACCGAAGAUAGAUCGGUUACUACAGAAGAAGUCAAACGCUAAAGUUGGACGGGUAGGCUGUUCAGAAGAAACUGGUCCAGACUUUGCCCGUUGUUCCGUUGAGAACUCGAACGUGAUGCCUUCGUGUGCGGUGGGAUGCUACACAGACGGCCAAACCGUCUUCUUCGACAUUCCGAUGUCCAAGAAGCAGAAACUGUGCACGAUCCGAGCGAACCGCUGGAAGGCGGCAUUGAAGAUUGACGCUUCCCGGCCAAACCAGAAUGCGCGCGUUUGCAGCGAGCAUUUCUUCUUGAAGGAACCGGCCCACCUCGAGGACCAGGACAAUCCCGAUUGGGUGCCUUGGCUGAAACUCAAUCCAAGGGUUCAAGAUGACCCGGUCCAGGUUCAGCACCGGAUGCAGCAAUAUUACGAAAAAUGGCACACGUUUGGCAAGCAGAUUUGCUGCAUAACUUCCUGCUCAAGCAGCAACGAAAAGCUAAAUCUGAUGGUGCCGUUGUUUGACUUUCCGGCCCUCGAUACGACCAGUUACACGCGGCGUGUCCUGUCCGAGAGGCGGCUGCUUACGUGGAUUCAGAUCAUCCAGCAGCCGGAUUUGUGGAACCGGUUCGACAUUCAUACGCUGAAAAUUUGCGGCCAACACUUUAGAAGCGGACGAAUGGCCGAACUGACCGAUGUGGAAAAUAUUGACUGGAUUCCGACUCGAGGACUGUCGCGAUCAGUGAAAUUUACCGAUCACAUUGCUCAUUUCGACUUGCAGAACAUUGCAGCGUUGGCUUCGGAAGACUCUGAAAGUUACGCAGCACGCGUUGAAGAUGCCAUUUCAAGCGACGAGGACGUCAGGAUGGUUCAACCGAAGCAGCAAAAGGUGGUCACAGUAAAACGACCUCCGCCAAAUCAACCUAAGCCGCAGGUUAACGUCGGAUUCAAGUGUAUCCUCUGCCUGGGCAAUGCCGCCCUCAAACCUUUGACACCAGUCGAUCAGGUCGCUCUCGAUGAAUUCUUCAAAGAUAAACUUUGCGUGAAAUCGGAACUGAUUUGUAAAAAGUGCUGCAAACAUAUCACCGACUUCCACUCGUUUCACGUGUCCAUCCUGAAGAUCCAAGACGGUGCCGUAACGCGGAAAAUCAAAAACAUCAUCCCUGUGCCGAGCCCAAAACCGGCACCAGCUGCUACGAUAAAGAGGGCCGAAACUCUGUUCACGGUGUGCGCGCCGGACACGUUUACGUGCAACAUGUGCAAGGCAACGUUGGUUGGUAAGGAACUUUUGAACAAGCAUCUGUACGCGCAGCACAAGGUGAAAAUUAACUGCAAGCUUUGCAAAACCAGCUUCACUCCGGAAGGAUACGCCGCGCACCGGAAAACGUGCGUGCCGUCCAAACCUGCUCAAGUCGUCAACCCAACCGUUGUGGCACCGAGUAAGACACCGAUUGCUCCGGUGGCUCCCAGCAAUUCCCAAGAGAAAUAUUCUUGCUACAUUUGUGCCCAGUUUUUUACUCCGGACGAGAUGCGAGAGCACAUCAAAACGCACAACGACGUGGUAAAAGGCGGCGGCGUCCGAUCCCGGGUUGCCGCCCGGGUUGUGUUUGACGAAAGCUUUGAAUCGUGCAAGCGGUGCAAUCGAGCAGUUCACAUAAACGAUCGCGAAUGCCACCAGCGGCAGCACGACGAAGAACGGGAACGACUGAAGGAACUGAUCGCGAAACAGCAGGCCAGCAACGGCUUCAAAUGCGCCCUCUGUCCGGUGAGUUUCGCCACUGCGGCUCAACUGGAGAAUCAUCGAGAAACCCACCAGAAGCACACCUGCCGAGAGUGUAACAAAGAGUUUGGGCAAAUUCAACAGUUGAACAAUCACAAAGAGAGUUCCACGGAACUCAGCUAACCGGCGAAAACAUGACCGAGUGCUCCCACUGCAGCAGUUUGGUAAGCGCAGCGUCGUACAAAGCCCACGUGGCCCAAGAACACGACUCCAUCCAGAUCGCCUGUGAGCUGUGCGGCAAGCAGAUGUUCCGGAUCGCGCUGGAAAAGCACCACGAAUCGUCCUGCACCGAAGACGACCCGAUC